AUUUUGGUGUGUAGUUUACUUUGCAAAGACAAUCAUGAGUGUUUUGUUUUCACACGUGUUUACCCGCGAAGGAGUAGAACUUGUGUGAAUAUAGGAAUGUAUGAAUUUAAGUAAAUAGGAAAUAUGCUGCUGUAAAUCGGUGAAUACUCCGAAUGUGUAUGUUAUAAUAUUUUUUACCGAAUGCACUUGACAUUCUGUAUUUGUGAAUUAUUUGUUUUCGAAGUUACCGGUAAACUUGUCCGGGCAACAACCCGGCGAGAACCGUUAUUGCGUGUGAGUUACAGUUCCUCGCUCGAGUUUCAUCGAGUAGUUUUGUUAUGGAGCCUUCGGCAGAUGUAGCGCAGCUUGUAGGUAGUAAUGGUUUCGACAGUGCAGAUACAAGUAGCGGUGCAAUUGGAAAUGAGUGCGUGAAAGUGUUAAAUGAAGUGCAGGCAGCUGUUGAAACAGAAAACCAGGAAAAUCAGUGCCAAAUGAAACCUGUUCCUCUUGAAAUUGCAACUGACAACGAAGGAAAAGUGGAAGUGAAUGAUGAUAUACGUGGAAACGACGGCGAAAUUACCAGUUUUCCCACCAAAGAUACAAAUGAGGUGAAAGCACAGAAUGCAGAAAAGUCUACUGUCGAAGUUCUUAUGAAAGAAGAUGAAGUGUCCACUGUUAGAGAAGAGGCGGGGAAAAAUGAGAUAAUUGCUGUACUGAAAAAAGAGGAGACAUCCACUGUUGAAGAUGUAGCAGAAAAAAUCGCGACAUCCAGUGUUAAAGAUGUUGUGGAAAAAAAUGAAGCAUCCACAACUGGAGUUGUAGUGGAAGAAAACAAAGCACCCACUGUUGAUGAUGGGCUCAGUACAAAUGAGACAGUGACUGCUAAAGAUGUUGGUGGAAAAGAGGAGGAGGCAGCAAAUAUUGAAGGUGUGCUGGGAAAGGAUGAAGGAGAAGGUGAAGUUUCUCCAUGCUCCCAGGAGGAUAUGUUUGCUUCAGAACCACCAAGCCCUGGCAUCAUUCCCUGCAGCAUAGGGAAUACUGUACCUACAGAAGUUACCGAAGAAUGUACUAAAGAUGAAAAAAUGGAAGUGGAUAACACGGCAGAUUUGGUAGGAGAGGGACGUGCAUCUAAGCGACAGCAUGUGGAGUCAGAUGAUGAAUGCCCAGAAAUGAAGAAAAGUUCAGAUGCUGAAAGAAAUCUCCCAAAGAGGGCACGACACAGUGUGGAGAUUGUAUUUGAGUGCCCAAAAUCACAGGAGGCACAAGAUCUACCAGUGCCAUCCUCUAUGAACCGUUCAGAAGAACUUGAUCUUACUGGGGGAACAGAAGAAUCAAUUCAUUUACAUUACUCACCAUCUCCUGAAUAUGAUAUUCCAGAAACUCAGUUUGAGCCAGAUCUAAAUCCACGAGCACCAUCUUUAACAACUGUUGUUAUAGGAUCCGAUGAUGAGGAUGCAGAAACUACUGACAAACCAGUUGCCACUGCACCCGUUACAGAAUGUGCAACAUCAUGUUUGGCUGUGAACCCUGGAAAUGAGGACACCCUGGAUGUAUCAGUUCCCAAAUCCCAAGGACCUGAUAAUAAUGACAACUCUCUUACUGAAACAUGCACAGUUGUUGACUCUAAAGCAUCUUCAGACGUAGAGGCACCUGUACACAGAUGCCCAUCUCCACCAAAGGAGACGACCCUGCUGGCAAAAGAUGAUGGAAGUACUUCUUUGCCUCACCGUAGUUCAUCACCAAGCCAGCAGAAGUCAACACAGUGCUUUCGACCACCUACACAAGAAAUAUCAUCUGCUCGGGUACUAGUUACCUCUUCACCAUACGCAGAUAUUAUACCAGUGCCUCAUUAUGAAAGCUUGUGCAGCUCAGUGGAACGCCAAACUCCAUCUCCAACUUCUUGCAGCCAGCACAAUACAUCAUCAUCCAAGUGCCCCACUUCCAAAACUGAGAAUACUGACCGUGUGGUGGAGGUGACUAAAGAUGUACUGCUUCAUGCACAAGUAGUUCUGCAUUACAGAGAAGCAUCCAAAGAAGUCAUCUUUUAUGAACUCACACAGUGUGAUGUUGCUGAGGGAAUGACUCAUUCGACAACAACAGAAACCUCUUCUGGCACACCAAUGCUUGAUUCUAAAAAUACUUCUCCAGGAAGUGUUACAAGCGUCGGUCCUUUUCCACUGGUAUUGCGUGCAUCAACAACAUCGAGCAGUUCAUCCUCCUCAUUGACCAGUGCUGCUCAUUUGGCACUAUCAAAUGCAAGCAAACGACUGCGCACUGGUGUGGAAGUAUUGAACCUAGACUUAGUGGCUUCUGCCAUUCGGAAAAUUGGUCCUGAACAGUUACCAGUUCCAUCGGCAAUGUUUGCUGGCCAUAGAUUGCGAACAACUGCACCACCUUCCACUUCAAAUAAAACAACUGACACUGCAGAUGAUCUCAAGAAAGAGGACGUAGAUACCAAAGAGACUGUUGGCACUGAUCGCACUGUCACCACACCUCUCACUUCAGAAAAAAAUCAACGAAAUACAACACGAAAACGAGGCAGAGCUCGUGGAGGAAGCAGCCGGGGCCGUUCGAGUGCUCGGGGUCAGGCUCGCACUCAGCCGUCUCCUCUAUCGUCAGAACCUUUAACAUGGGGUACAGAGGAUGCCUCUCGCUUUAAGGGCAUGCUUCAUCCAGGUGCUAGUGCCUUCGCUCGAUGGACUGAUAAAAGGUACUACUCUGCAAAGUUGUCAGAGAAACAACGAGAUGGCCGGUGGCUAGUAGCGUUUGAUGAUGGUUCAGUCAAAACAGUUAAAGAGGAUUUUGUGAUUCCUGUAGAAACACUAACCAAGGGAACACUUGUUUAUGCUACACUACCUGAUGGGUCAUGUGCAGAUGGGAUUGUUUCAGCCUUGUUUGUUCAGGAUAAUGAAGAACAGUAUGGCGUCGAGUUAGAUGAUAGGGAAGUAAUUGUGCCACGACGUGACAUUUUUCUUACUGAGGAUCAAGCACGAUUGUUGCUUGAAGGAGCCACUGUGACGCUGCCUGCACCGAGCACGCCGGGUCGUUUGGCUGAUGUUGAUUUGAACAAUGUAGUGGCAGGAAAGCGCCUUCGCACACCAACUCAUGCUGCUUCGGGACCUGCGACACCGCGUACCCCAGGGCCAAGUGGGAAUGCAUGUCCCAAUAAGGUAUCUCGAUCAUCAUCACCUAGUGACCGUGGAUCGGUGUCGGGUGCAACAACGGAUGAUGCAGUUUCAGUUGUUGGUGUGGAACCUGAAGGUGAAGGAUGCAAGCUUGUGCCUGUAGCCACAAGUAGCUCCCGUGGGAAGGGGAAAGUUUCUGCCAAAGGCAAAGGAAAGGCGUUAUUUGCUACCACUAACAUUUUAAAAGAGUCUACUGAGCUUGAUGAAACCCUGGGUCCAAUUCCACCCAAAGAUAGCAAAAUUUUUGAAGGAAUGAUUUUUUUGCUGACAUCAGUAGAUUUUGAGCCCAACAAAAGCUACGAAAAGGUGCAUGAAAUCUGUUCGGAUUCAGAAGGUGAGCGAGAGUUCAGCAGUUAUCGUUUCGUCAAAGACCGCUUGAGAAUGCAGUUGGAAGCUGGAGGUGGCACUGUGCUGGAGUCCUUGGAUGAUGUUCCUGAGGAUCGCUUACGUGAUACUAUUCUUAUUGCUAAUCGACCUUGCCUAACUGCAAAGUAUAUAUGUUGCCUAGCCAAAGCAGUGAAGAUUAUUAAUCAUGAAUUUGUCAUCCAAAGAACAAAGGGUGAUAUGUGUUCACCAAAUGCUUAUGGCCUACCACUGGGCUGGUCACUUUUAGAUGAACGCUAUGUAGGAAAUGGUAUUGAUCUUGGUGCAGUUCAGAGGACACGUAAAGGUGGUUCCCGACAGUUAUUGAGCCGGAAAAAGCUAGUCUUAGUUCAUGAAACUCCACAAUUUCUUGCCUUUUGGCAAAAAGUUCUUAAUGAUCUAGGGGCCAAGACAACCACUUACUCACCUAAUGAUGCUACAAAAGCAGAUGCAGAACUGAAAAGUUCAGAUGCUAUUAUCUCAGAUGCGUCAUGUCCACCACAGAUCCAGGAAAGAGCACGUGAAUGGCAUAAACCUCUUAUUUCUACAACUUGGAUCACACAGUGCCUCAUCAAUAGGGAAGUUUUAGCAUUUGAUGCCCUUCCUAACUUCAAAUAUGAUUUUUCUGAUUGAAUUGUAUCAUUAAUUUGAAUUGAUUCACUUUUACACGAACAUUAGUGUAGUUUUAUUUUGUUUUCAGUGUACCUGUUUUUGUAUACAUGACAGCUUGUUACUAUGAAAGCAAGAGGCCCUUUUUUUGUACAUUAGUUGUAUAUGUGUUUCUUUUGAUAUGUGUAAUCCAAGACUGAUUUGAGAUCUGAACUUAUUGCAGACCAUAAAUUCAUUUCAGGACUUGUUUUUGUCUUUUCAGUUUAUUUAUAGAAUUGUAGUACUAUUCGUUCAGUGUGAGUAUGUAAAUGAAUGUAUAUUCAUUAUGUUACUGUUGUGGGCUUUUGCUGUAAAGUCUUAUCAGUGUUCUUUUAUACUAAUUUUAUGCUUAUAUUGCAUGGAAGAUGAGCAAUGAAAAUAAUUUUCAUAUUCGUAUGAACUUUUAUAUAUUGACUGUUAUAUUUUGUAAGUGUAUGUCAUGAAAAAGAUGAGGAUUCAGACCACAGUAUUAGUUGUUUUAAGUUACCAGUGUUCGCUGUGAAUAGUCAUGAAAAAAUAUACUUCUUUUGAAAGUGAGCAAUUGUACUGUAUGUUUUAUUGUUAUUGUGUCCUAUAAAUAGGUGUGCCACAGUGAGUAUGUUUAAUGCAAGAUUAAACAAUAGAAAGUCCUGGAUGGAAUAACAACAAUAUGGAAAGCAUAGAUUGCUACUCACCAUGUACAGGAACUGUUGUUUUGCAAACAGGCACAAUGAAAAAGCAGGCUUUUUUCCAUUGUGCCUGUUUCAGCUCAAAUUCUCCUCUGUGUGGUGAGUAGCAAUCUGUCCUUUCCAAACUGUUGUUGAACACAAGAUUAAUAUCUUGCACAUUAUUUUCGCAAUACAGUCUCUUGACAGAAAAUUGUAUUUGAAAAUUACGUAUAUAUCGGGAAAGAUAUGAACUGCACAUACUGCAGAAAAGUAAUAAUUUUUUAAUGGUAUUGUUACUCUACUUGUGUAUGGAUAUAAAUGAGCACUUCUAGUUGCUUGUCUGGAAUAACUGUGAAGAAGAUGAAUGUGGACCAACACAAUUCUUAAAACUAAAAUAGUACAAAUUUUCAGGGAUGUUGAUGUAUUUUGUGAAAAGUCUAUGGUUGUCGGUUUAAAAGCAUGAAAGAAAAAUGAUGCUGCUCUAUCUGCAUUGGUAUAUAAGGACACAUGAAAAUUCUCGAUUUAAAUGUGUCUUGCAUUUCUGUUUUUUGUUUUAAUAAUAUUGUUAUAAUAAAGUAGUAAUAAAUACAUU